GAUAGAUGUGCAGAAGAUGAAUGUGCAAGUAGAGAUACUGGGGUGCAAAGGAGUGUGCAGGGGUACAGGUUAGUUGAAGUCAUUGAGGUAAUAUGUCCAUAUGUCCAGGGGUUUAAGUAAGACUCUGACAGAACGUAUUGCAGCACACCCUUCGAGAGAUUACGCUUUGAGCCUCUGAAAACAAUAUUAUACCUCUGAAUAAAAUGGAAUCAUUCAAUACUAUUGAUGUCGAAACAGUCAAUGCACUUCAUCCUUAAUUCGUUAAUAUAUCCCUAGACGAUUGACAAUCAGGUUUCGACCUAGAAAUGGUUCCCGAACAGAGAAACGGCAGAUGGAUCUAUACCAGACAUACUCGGUUACAUGAGUAAAUGGACAUUUGUCACUGGGAAAUUAUAAAUAGCUAUAACAAUAUUGUGUGUGUGUUCUUUAUAUCUUUCAUCUAAUUUAUUUGGUUUAAAUUUUAAUUUCAGUGGAUGAACUGAAUGGAAACGUGAACAUUCUACUGAAAUGUAAAUUGGAAUUGACCUCAGCCCUGUAAUAACAGUCCCCUGAAUAGUAACACUAUCAUGUUAUUGGUCAGUUUGUAUUUGUUAUUUUUACAUUCAACAAGAACACGGUUACAUGUAAAGUAAUACAUGGAAUGAAUGACAUCACUAUCCUAAAGGCCACCGCAGAAGCCACGCUUGUUUUUAUUCGGUUGUUGCCUUUGUUUAGCCGCGUGCUUCGGCUCCUCCGCUCUUACCGUGGACACGCCUCCCACCGACGAGCCUUAUAAAUACCAGACAAACCGCACAUUCACACCAGUUGAAUUACCAAACGGAUUAUAGCGCUGUUGCACAUUACGGCAUUCAAGAUACCUCAUUUUUACUUGAUCGGAUAAUGCAAUUGGAAUACAGUAUAUUUAUUUACAGUCUUAGAGUUUAAAGUUAUUAUUCUGUUUAAUAGAAGACGUUGCUUUUGUGGUCGGAUCACUUUUAAAUCCCAAUAAUGCCUUUUCCGCCGAUAAAUCUCCAUCAACGAAUCUCUUCUCCCGGGAGAGAGCUGUUCAGGAAAAAGAAACAGACGGAGGAAAAGAUCUCGGAGAAGGAAAAGAUCUCGAAGUCUUGGACUGCGGCCAAUCUGAGGAAUUUGGGGCGAAAACCCCAACAACAGAAAACUAAACUCCCGAUUCAGGAGACAGAAGGUUUAAAGAGCUCCUGGCUAACUUUACCCAAACAAUCUCAAGACUCGUGCGAGAGCGUUCCGCUGUACAAUUCUGUGGAAUCCACCACGCACCGGGACAGGGGCAAGCAGUCCUCUCGGAGUUCCAUAGGAAAGGACGAGACAGGAGAAGAAAGGAAGAUUCAAUUCUCUCUGAGCCUCACACCGGAGGCCAUUCUCGUUAUUCAGAAGCGCAGCUUAGAAAAACAAAUGCUAGCCAAACAGCAGAAGGGUUGUGUGUCCGUAGACUUUCGGCACAGGCGAGUCUUUCCAUCCAAACGGACUCAAGGUGGUUCCAAAAGCUCGACCAUUCCCGUCGCCAAUCUGGAACACGCAGAGGACAUUACAACCAUAGUCAAAAUAUCUUUACUAAAUGAUCAGUAUAAAUACGAUGACGUGGAAUAUGAAGAAGAAGACGGCGAUGUGGAUGAGACGGUGGUGAGGAAAUGCAAAGAAUGGCUGAAAGGAGUGGAAAGCGCCGCUGCUUUUGGGAAAGUGGACAAACUAUCUACCCUUCCGCACCUAAAAAGCUGCUGACGAAUGCUUCUCAUAUUAUAAGACUUUAAUAUGAUGUGAUAAGGCAAGCUACGAACAUUGCACACUGUAGCCUACACAAAAUAUAUGGAUUCUUAGUAGCCUAUCCGCUGACACUGCUCACCAUUACGCACGGCGAACACUGUUUCCACACACAUGGGAAUGUUGUUUUUUACGAGUCUAAUAAUUGUAAUGAUGUAUGAAUUGAAUAGCCUUUCAUGUUGACACUGUCGAAAUCCUGUGUUCUCUUCUUUUGCACGUGCUUUUGUUUUUAAUUGAGGCGCCUUUAUUCGUUGGUUGGCAUGAGCCGCCUGCGAUCCAAGGAGCCUCUUCCUUUGUGUCCAAGAACAAUAGCUGUCAACGGCAACGACAGGGUUACUUUGCGCGUUUGUUGUUGUUGUUGUUGUUGGGUGCACCUCUCAGAAGAUGCACCUGUUUUUUUGCACUGUGUGGAAAAUGAAAGAAGAAAUGUUGUGGAUGUGGAUCAGAUUUGUAGGCCUACCGUAUUUAUUAUGAGGGAGAGGGGGGGAUGUUUGUAUCAACUCAAAUGUUUCCUUCUACCCUGACAUUUUUAUGCCAUUUGUAUGAAUUAAAAAAUGUUUUCAAUCUA